UUGCAUUGAUUCAUUUUCAUUUGCCAUUUUGCUCCGUUCGAGACAAGACGCGCGUCUGCUCUUUUGUCAGCCAGAAUUCAAUGGAUGGUAACCCCGACGAUGCCAGCGGAUGGAAGACUAAGCUCAAACAGGCCGUUGCCGUCAACAAGCAACUGGUUCCACUUAAGCUGACCAUGCUGCUCUACUACGGCGCCGUGUCGCUGUAUUUGCCGUACAUGACCCUUCAAAUGAUCCAGGUGGGUCUCAACAUUGAAGAGAUCGCCAUCAUCUACUCGGUCCUGCCGUUCGUCACUUCCGUCAUGCCUCCAAUAGCUGGUAUGCUGGCGGACAGGUUUCACUGCUACAAGUUGAUCUUGAUCGUCAUCGUCGCUUCGGUGGCCGUUUUCCACACGUCCCUGCUGCACAUUGACGCUCGCAUUUCGGCCGAGGUCCAGUCGUCGGGAUCAGAUUUCGAAACUCCCGCCGAAAUUGUCUGCAGCCGCUUGGGCGCCGUCCUGCGCUUCGAGAACUACACGUGCGAGGCCAGCAGCAGCCGGGAAAUGUGGACGGUCGACUGGACGCCGUCGCAGUGCCGGCCGAUGGAUUGCCAUGGAGUGCCGGCCCGGAUGCAACUCUGCCUCUCCAACGGCAACUGCACGCAAAUCGCGACCGGAUCGACAUCCGUGCUGGAAAUGGACGCCUUGCUCGAGGUGCUGGACGUGACGCCCUGGACGGGCGGAGAGAAUAACGCUGGCGGCAACUGCACCGCCCAAAUCGUCAGCGCUCAAACGGACCAGACUCGAAUUCCGGCCUCGCUCCUCUGCAACUGCCCAAUCCGCUGUCCGGCCGUCGCGGCGCCGAUCUCAUCCGAGCUGGACAACAAUUCCAGUCUCAGCAGUAGCGCCGACUUGUUGCCCGUCGAGCAGCAAAAGGAAUUGGAUCGACUCAAACACAAUCGAGGAUUCUGGCUCUAUUUCAUCCUUCGAAUCAUCGCUUCCGGUUCUCUAGCCACCUCUUUCUCCAUGUUGGAUGCAACUGCCAUUAAAAUGGUCAAGAAACAUCACGGCGAUUUGGGCAAACAGCGUCUCUUUGGCGUCAUUGGCCAAGCCAUUUGCGCCGUUCUCGCUGGAAUAAUACUCGACUGGACGGUCGUGGGAAAAGGUUAUCCCGACUACUCGAUCACCUUCUAUUUGGCCGACGGCAUGUUCGUCGUGACAGUUCUACUGAUGAGCCAAUUGGACGUCGGCGUCGAGGAGCACAGCGAGGCCACCAAACUUUUGACGAGCAUCUCCAAACUGAUCCGGCUGAUCGACGUCGACAUCUUCAUGAUCAUGAUGCUGCUGCUGGGCACCUGCUGGGGAUUCCUCGAGUCCUUUCUCUUCGUUUACCUGACCGAACUGGAGGCCAGCAGCUACCUGCUCGGAAUGACCAUCACCUUUGCCACUCCGCCUCUUGUCCGGGAACUGGCUUUGGAAAUUUCCGCGGUAACCAAGUGUCGCAACCUCGGAGUCCUAUUCGACGCUGGGCUCACAAUGGGGCGCCAAGUAAAAAGUGCAGCAAAAUCAGCCUUCUACCACCUCAGGCUCAUCGCCCGCAUUCGUCGCUUCCUUGACCAGUCAGCCACAAAAGCUCUCGUUCACGCAUUCGUGAUGUCGCGCCUCGACUACUGCAACUCCCUGUACGCCAGCUUACCCGACAAAACCAUCAUUUGCCUACAGAGGAUCCAAAAUGCUGCCGCCCGGCUCAUCCUGCGCAGACGCAAGCGUGACGGUGCCACUCCACUCCUCAAGGAACUAAAAUGGCUACCCGUCAAGUUUCGCAUCAAUUUCAAAGCCACAACUCUCGCCUUCCGCUGUCGUCUCUCUCCCCCACUCGCACCCGUCUAUCUCUCUUCUCUUCUUUCCGCUUACACCCCAGCACGAUCCUUAAGGUCCUCUAGAACUACCUCCCUCCUGGUCCCCCGUGCCCGUCUUUCAUCAUACGGUGAAAGAUCCUUCUCCUUUCUUGGUCCUACACUUCUCAACUCUCUCCCACCCACCAUCACUAGCUCGACAACACUCUGCUCUUUCAAAUCGAAACUAUAA